AUGGCUAAUACAAGGGCAAAUUCUAGGAGGGAUGAGGAAGGCAAUGUGGAGCAAGAGGUUCCUAGCCAAGUUCCACACCAAGCUCAUCCCCAAACUCCGGUUGACCCCGCAAUGGAGAAUGUGACCCAUGCGGAGUUUAGGUCUACUAUCCAAUUAUUAGCUCAAGUUGUGAGAACUCAAGCCAAUAGAGAGGUGGUUGCUCCUAUGAACACUAAUGUGAAUUCUGCGGCUUCUAGAUUGAGGGAUUUUGCUAGGAUGAACCCUCUCAUGUUCUUUGGUUCCAAAUUUGGAGAAGAUCCUCAAAAAUUUGUGGGAGAGGUUUACAAGAUAAUUGAUGCUAUAAGGAUGACUUCGGUUGAGAAAGUGGAGCUAGCCGCUUAUCAAUUGAAAGAUGAGAAACUCCAAGACAAGAAUAGAGAGGCAAAAAGGGCUAGGACCGGUGAUGGGGAUUUCUCCAAUGCUAGAUCCGAUGGAUAUGGUCAACCUAGGACCCAACAAAAACUUUCCAACCAGAAGAGGGUGUCUAAACCUAAGCCUCAAAGAUGGAGUAAUAGUGAAUCCGUGUUGCUUAAGCCUACUUGCUCCAGAAAGCAUUAUGGUGAGUGUCUAGCCAAAAAGGAUGGGUGCUAUGGUUGUGGUAAUGAGGGUCACAAGAUGAGAGAUUGUCCAAUACUUAGGGCUAGAGGGAUAGAGGCCAAUCAAGCUUCUCUUAGGGGUAUGGAUUCCAAUGUUCCCGAGCAAAAAUAG